AUGGCGGACAGGCCCGAGGACGCAGCACCGAAAAAGGAGCCCCCGGUCACGGCGGCCGCGGCGACUGCAAGUGAGCCCACAACGGCGGCACCUGAGGCUCCCAAAGUGGCAGAUGUUGUCGAGGAUGUUCCGGACCCGGACGAAGACGAUCUCGACGAUUUGGACGGCAUCACGGCGCCUCCGCUGCCGACAAGCAAACCUCCAGCCGCAGACGCCGCCGACGAGUUUGACGAGGAUGAGUUUGCCAAGCAGCUGCAGGCCGGUAUGGCAGAAAUGCUGGGCGAUAUGGGGAGCUCUCCGGAGAUGCAAGCUCAGUUUGAAAGCAUAUUCAAAGAGUUAGGUGCCGCCGCCGCCGCAGAUGAGAGCUCCAAGCCGUCUGCGGGCGCACCUCCGCCCGCCAGCAGCUCCUCUUUCCAGGACAACAUCCGUAGGACUAUGGAGCGGAUGCAAGCGUCAGGGGACUCCGCCACUGCCGCAGCAACUGCCGAUUCGAACGCUGAGGACGAUUUUAUGGCCGAGCUGCUCAAGCAAAUGCAGGCGGGCGGAGCCGGCGCCGGGCUGGGCGGCGAGGGUGGCGAGGAGGAAUUUUCCAAAAUGUUGCUCGGUAUGAUGGAGCAGCUCACUAACAAGGAGAUCCUCUACGAGCCCAUGAAGGAACUCCAUGACAAGUUCCCCGAAUGGCUGGAGAAGAACAAGGACAAGACGUCGGCUGAAGACCUGAAGAGAUACGAGGAGCAGCAGCGGCUAGUUUCCGAGAUGGUUGUCAAGUUUGAAGAGCCGACGUACUUGGACUCGAACGCGGCAGACCGGGAGUAUAUUGUGGACAGAAUGCAAAAGAUGCAAGCUACUGGCUCCCCGCCUUCUGAUUUGGUGGGUGAUAUGCCAUCUGCCCAGGAGGCGCUUGGUGCACCAGACCCAGAGGCCUGUACGCCACAAUAG